UCAUCCUCCCGUUCCGACAGUCUACGUUUUCCCUCACUACCUUUGCCGUUCCGAACCCUAGUCUUCUUCGAACAGGUACGGAGUAUCUCCGGUUCGCAUCGGAUAUCGUAGAUUCACACGACGAUUAGAUUUCCUUCCACUCAUACUUCGUCGUCGUCGAGGCUGGGAUGCGAGACCUGAGGCCGAAUACGGUCUCUGAUCGCAUAUGUUUCGGCGUAUGAGAUACUUGAUCGGCCUCCCUACCAAGAAUCCACCGUCGAAGAAAUUGCUUGAUGCAAGGCCACGGCAAAUUCGUUUCGCACCGCCCGACAUGUUGGAGACUGUGCACGAAAUCGCCAUAUAUAUUCAUCGAUUCCAUAAUCUCGAUCUGUUCCAGCAAGGAUGGUACCAGAUAAAGAUAAGCACGAGGUGGGAAGACAGCAACUUGGAUUCUUGCGGUACUCCUUCCAGGGUUAUUCAGUACGAAGUUCCCAACGUACUUGCGGAUGAUGUUUUGGGAGUUUGGAGGAUUGAUGAUGCUGAUCAUAGUUUCUCAACUCAACCAUUCAAAAUCAAAUAUGCUAGACAGGAUGUUCCUCUAUCUAUUAUGGUGUCUUUCAACUUACAUAACGGAAAAGAUGAGAGACCAUCAAUACGUUCAGUAAUACUAAAGUUUGAACUUUUGUAUGCUCCAACCUUGGAAAAUGGAAAUGAAAUUCAGGCAACUUACAAUUUGAUUCCAGCAUCUAUUCAUGAGUUCAGGAUACCUCCUGAAGCACUUCUGGGUCUGCACUCAUAUUGCCCUGUUCACUUUGACACUUUCCAUGCAUCACUUAUUGAUCUAAGUGUCCAUGUUGUUUACUUGAAAUCUGGUACAAGCACACCUGAGAAAUUGUUGAAGUAUGUAGCACGAACUUCUCUAAUGACAGAAAAUAUUGCUGAUGAAUACCAGGAAGGGCCACAUCAAAUGCUAGGUCAAGUACAGUGGUCAAAAGCAAUUGAAAUUGUGAAAUCACUAUCUAUUUCAUGUGAGUUACUUCUUAAACAAAUUAAAAAUUUGAGUAGAGCAAUUGGUCAAGCUGUUGAUGAUCUACAAGAUCUUGAUAAACUUGAGUUAAGUGGUUCUUCCUUGAGGAAUGACUUAUCUACUUCAAGUGCGUCCAAGAUGGGGGUUGGUCUUUCACCUAACAUGCUAGAUAACAAUCUCAAGAAACCAAAUGGUACUGUAGACUUUGGAAAUGAUUUGAUUCUCAACUCUUUGUCAAUGGAAGAGUUGUUAGGCGCCCUUUUUACUCUUGGCAACCAUCUUUCUUUUCUAUGGAAUACAUUUUUGAAGUUCCACAGGAUAAAUAGAGUUAAAAUACUUGAACAUCUUCUUGGUGUGUGGUCCAUGGAUCGGAAAGUAGAUUGGUCCGUUUGGGUGGUUCAUUCAAAAAUGGAAGUCCCCAAUCACUACUUGAGAAAUGGAUCCAAUGAAUCCUCUCACCAUAACAUAACUGGAAAAGUUGCUGUGAGGAAGGCCAAUGAUGAGCCUGCUCAAAAAGCAACAUCUCGUGCGGAACUUCACAGGAAAACAAUUGCUCAAAUGAAAAUCAACAGCUGUUCCAUUCAGGACAUGUAUAUUUUUGGUGAUCCUUCACAUGCUCCUGUUGUUUUUGUGGAACAACAGGCCAUAAAUCUUCCAAAUUACACGGAUUAUCAUUUGGAUCAGAAUGGUGCUACCAACUUGACUGUUCCUGCAAAAGAUGUUGUACCUAGAUUCCUGGAACCUAAGAAGACUGGCCGUGUACUACGAGUGGUUGUCUUUGUGCAUGGAUUUCAGGGGAACCAUCUGGAUCUACGGCUAGUUCGGAAUCAAUGGCUUUUGAUUGAUCCUGGAGCUGAAUGUCUUAUGUCAGAAGCUAAUGAAGAGAAGACAACAGGGGAUUUCAGAGAAAUGGGGUGUCGGUUGGCUGAGGAGGUCAUUCUCUUCCUUAGGAAGAAGAUGGAUAAGCUUUUGAGAUAUGGAGGCUGUAAAGAUAUAAAACUUAGCUUUGUUGGGCAUUCUAUUGGAAAUAUUAUCAUAAGGAGUGCGUUGACAGAGAGCAUAAUGGCACCUUUCAUGAAGCACUUGCACACAUAUAUGUCAAUAUCAGGGCCACAUCUAGGUUACUGGUACAGUACAAAUUCUUUAUUCAAUUCAGGAUUGUGGUUGAUGAAGAAACUCAAGGGAGCGCAAUGCAUUCAUCAGCUUACCUUCACUGAUGAUCCAGAUCCUCAUAAUACAUUCUUUUACAAGCUCUGUAAGAUGAAGACCCUGGAACAUUUCAAAAACAUUAUAUUGUUAUCGUCCCCACAGGACGGUUAUGUUCCUUACCAUUCUGCCAGAAUUGAAUUAUGCCAAGCAUACUCAUUGGAUCUAUCAAAGAAGGCAAAUAUCUUCAUGGAAAUGCUGAAUAAUUGCUUGGAUCAGAUCUGUGCCCCUUCAUCUGAAAGGCGAGUAUUGUUGCGGUGUGAUGUGAAUUUUGACACAUCUUCUCAAGGGAGAAACUUAAAUACAUUCAUUGGACGAGCAGCCCACAUUGAAUUUCUUGAGACUGACAUAUUUACAAAAUUCAUCAUGUGGUCCUUUCCAGAAUUUUUCCUUUGAAUAACAAGUUGGAUAAGCUUCUUUACUGCCCUUUCAUCCACCUCUGUGCCGACUAACGCUAGUCCAGUGAUUAAAUAGCAGGAUUUCACCCUUUAUCUAUAUAGUUUUAUUCUUUUUCUCACCAGUGUACAUGUAGUCAUUUUUUACAUAUAUGAGUUAGGCUAAAUCAGAUAAGGGUUAUGCAGAUUAUGUGAAAAGGAAGUCUGCAGCUCUAGUGUUUGUAUCAUAUGCUAGAACAAGUGUAGUUCACUGAUUUUCUCUGUUUUGUUGGCUGAAUAAUUUGGUUUUUCUUCAUUGAGUCUUCUGAUCCAUUUUUUUUUCAUGUGACUUCAAGCUUGUGUUGUGGAUGAUAUACUUCAAUUUCCAGAAUACCCAUGAACAAAAGAAUUGUCCUCUCAGAUGGUAGCGCUGGAUCCAGGAUGUAUUUUCUUCUCUUUUGUAUUAUAUUAUCCUUUUCCCCCCAUUUAAGAAAAGUUAUGAAGGUUUUCCAUAUCAUGUCAGUGUCUGUGUUUGUUAGUUCAAGUGAACUGAUGCAGUAUUGAUCUUCUGUUGCAUAGAUUGUCAGUCUUCCCUUUGCUAGAUCCGGCUUCAUCACUCAUAUUUGAUACUGUUGGAUUAAAAACAAAAUUUUCUGAAACUUGUUUAGUCUGUGUUCUUGACAUU